UUGUCGGGCAAACAACCUCAUCAAACAUUUUUGUGAACGCUCUUGAGAAAUUAUUUAAAUAAUUUAAUUCACUUUAAUAUUCAAUAAUUCAGUUUUUAUUUUCAGAUUAGAAAAUGCUCGUCAACGCCAUCUCCCGAGUUAACCUCAGGUCCGCCCUGCUGCAGAAGAGAUCAAUGUCUGGUCUGCCCAAGUACGAAUCCACUGCUGGGAUUGGAAUGAGCUACGCUAUUCCCAUCCUAGGAUUUUUCGGUCUCCUCAUGGGUAUCGGAUACAUGGUUAGCCCAUUCCAGAACCGUGACAAGUCGAAGGUCUACACCGAGAAGUAUCAGCAGUAAACUUGUAUCAUUGUAUCAAUAUAUAUAUAUAUAUAUGCAUAUAUAUAUAUAUAUUGUAUAUUGUUUAAUAUAUAGUAGUCAAACUCUAGCUUAACAACCGUCUUUACUUUAAGAAUUAGAGAUUAGAAUUUCAGAUUAUAAACUGUAAAAUGUCUGAUGGAGGGGAGAAGGAUGAGGAUAUGCUGCUCAAGAACAUCAGCCAUCAACACGAUAUUCUCACAUAUUUCGUUCAAGAUUCAAGUGGACGAGACACAAUUAUUCGAACCAACCAAGGAUACACGGAGUGCCAUAGAUUACUUCUAGCAGCAGCAAGUUCUCUCUUCUACCAGAUUCUGAAGGAGAAUUGCGAUGAAGAACAAACCAUAGUCUUGAUGCCUGACUAUUCUGCAGCAGAAGUUGAAGAUUUAGUUUCUAGAUUAUAUUCCACAUCCCAUAAUACAGACGGUUUCAGUGAAAUCUUACCAUCACAAGCUGAAGGUGGAAGAAUUGGGGGAAAAGUACACACUCUGCUAGACAGACAAAAAGAUCUCCGACUAAAGAUUGAACUUGAAGAGAUUGAUGUGGGUUCAACGGACUCAAUAAACCGCUCAAUGUUGAGGGAUGAUGAUAUGACUAUAGUACCUGACAUAACUUCUCAUCUAGAAUAUAUGGAUUACGGCUCAGGAGCGGAAGCGGGUCUUAUGUCUGAUUCUGAAAGUGAUUAUGAAAGAGCUGUGAAAAAGAAGAAGAAGAAAGUUACAAAGACAAAGAAGAAGAAAAUAAAAUUGACCGAUGAGGAACCAGUUGCAAAGAAAAAAGAAACUAAGAAGAAUGGCAGACCCAGUAUCUUUCCAUAUGCUUGUGAAUUCUGUUCGAAAGUCCUUGUUGAUCACCGGAAGAAAUAUAAACAUAGAUGCAAGCCGGCUGAUCUUUUACAAAAUGUUGGGAAUUUGAAGGGUGACGAUCUAGAUUUUGUAAACGAUCUGAAAACCGGGAUUAUUUGCCAUCUUUGUGGGACCAGUUUUUUGAGUCCGUCCUUGCUAAAAGCUCACCUCGCCAUGAAUUGUGAAAAUGUUUGUGAGAUCUGCAGAUCAGUUCUUCAUAACAGAACUGAACUGAGAGAACACAUGUUUAAAGUUCAUCACAAGGUUAUUAAACGACGGACAGGGGAAGAUACAGAGAAAACUGUUCACUGUACACAGUGCACUAAAUCCUACACUAAACAAUUUCAGCUAAAUCAUCACGUCAAAAAGGUUCACAAUGCAGAAGUGGUGCCAGUAAAGUUUCAAUGCCAAGAAUGCGGGAAAUUAAUGUCAUCUCGGGUGGCUCUGAGAAAGCAUUCAUCUCUUCAUAAACCUCCCGAGCAUUCCUGUCCUAUCUGUGGGAAAUUAUUCCAUAAUCGACAAUACUUGAGCCGGCAUGCGCUUAGCCAACAUGCGGAACAGGGUAUCCAGAAACAUCAAUGUGAUAUGUGUGACAAAGGAUUUAACAAUAAAGAAGCACUGCAGGGUCACAGAAACUGGCAUCUCAACCUUAAACCAUAUCAAUGCAGGUGGUGCGAGAGAAGUUAUCAGAAUACAUCCAACACAGCAGCACACGAGAGAAAAUCACACAGAGAUGUUUAUAUGGCUUCGCUGAAAAAUGGAAACCGUCGUUUUCAGAUAAAAGAAGAAAUUAUGCAGAUCAGUUCCAAGCAUUCUAUUCUCAUUGUUUAAACUGUGUCAAGGAACUAACAUCUAAUAAUGCAGAUCAGUUCCAAGCAUUCUAUUCACAUUGUUUAAACUGUGUAUAGGAACUGACAUCUAAG